GUCUACUGAUGACGAAAUAUGGUAUCCAGGAAAGGUUGUUGAUCUUAAACUGUGUGAAGGACUAGAGGAGCUGACAGUUGAGUACACGACACUCUUCACAGACCAACAUAGACUUCAGAAACUUCAGGAUACUAUCACGGCUGACAAAAUACGUCCUGCAACACCAACUAGUGACCAAAAAUCCUUUGAGAUGAUGGAUAAGGUAGAAGCCUUCUACAACAAUGGCUGGAGCAGCGGACAAAUUAGCAUGGUACUUGGUGAUAACACAUACUCGGUGUGUCUCUAUACUUCUAUGGAAACUAUUCUAUUCAAACAUUCAGAUUUGCGAAUUCAUAGAGAAUGGAAAGAUGGAGUCUGGAAGAUGGCAGAUAAGGUGAAGCCUGAUAAGAAAAGGAAAGCUGCUGCCUCAUCACAAAAUUCAGGAAUGGAUAAUGUUUUCCUAAGAAGGAGCGAGAGGGUGCCUAAACGAUCUAGAGACACAAAAACUCCAUUCAAGUCUGACAGAAAUCCGGCUUUAACUGUAAUACCUGAGAUUAUACCUGCAGUUGAUCCGUUUUCAACUCCUGCGGAACAUAAGCUUUCAAGGCUUCAAAAUUGGAUGACAUUAAAGCCCGGCAUGCAUGAAACGUCCCUAUCAAUCAAUGAUAAUAAGAUAAGGAAAUCUUUCUUUCAAAGCAUGGAAAAUGCAAAAAAGGACCUUAAGAAAGAGCACAUUGAUGGAGCCUUUGCAAUGCUAAAUUGCAGAAGAAAUGAGAAUGCUGCUUGGUUCCACAACUACAAGAUUCCAAAGGCGUGCUUCCUACCUAUGGAGUUCUUGCAUUGCUUGCUCUCUGAUGAUUUGGCUUACAAGAAAGAAAAGGUCAAAGGUAAAAAGAUUUUCAACGAUUUAUUUAAAGAUACUGUGAGAGGGAAGGUAUAUCCAGAGAAGACAUGGGGAGAAGAUGUUGAUGUUGUGUAUGGGAUUACUCUUGGAAAAAAAAGCAAUGUCUGGAUUGGGAUGGAAAUUCAUUUGAAGAAGAAAAGAAUCACAGUAUAUGAUUGUUUUCAAAAGGAAAGCAACAGCAUUGAUAUUCCUCAAGUGAAAAAGUUGGCAGUGUUGAUUUCUAAUCUGCUGGUGGAAUCUUCUGGUGAUGAGGUAGAUAAGGUGAAGAUGAUUCCAUUUGAGAUUGAGCAGGCACAAGGUUUACCCAAGACAAAACAUCCUUUCAACUGUGGGAUAUUUCUUGUCAAGAUUCUGGAGUGCCAGUCAUUGAAGAUAGGAGACAUGACAAAGAUUAAUGAUGACAAUGCAUUGGAGCUAAGGAGAACCUUGUCUUGUGAGAUCUUCAACCAAUUUGUGGAUGAGAGCUUUGGGAAAUGAGAAUGAUGCAUGAAAACAUUUUUUGUUUUAGUUAAGACUCGGUUUUAGUUAUGACUGUUUAUUUUGUUAUGUUGUUGGCGUCUGGUUACAUAAGAAAGAUUGGAAGGAUAUCAAGUAUUUUAUUUGGGUAUCAUAUAUCUUGGAAGGUUAAAAUAUUGUUUCUGGAUGGGUUUCCAGAAAAAAAGUUAAGUGUUUCAAAUGUAAAAAAGAAUGAAAUGAGAUUAUAUACUAAGGAUUGGACAUGUA